AUGUCUAGGGGAUCUAUUGUAUCUGCUGUUGAACAACGACAGUACGUGUCUACUCAACAACAGCGAUCUUACUUUCAAUAUCACACUAGUAAGCACCAAGAGACCAUUGAAAAUAUGACUGAUUCAAUGCAGGCAUUAUUGCUUCCCGAAGAAUUCAAUAAAUAUAAAGUCAUAGGCUUAAUAUUAAAACAGUUUCUUAAUUUGGGGGAUCCUGCCGCUAUACUUGACACGAGUGAUGAAUCACAUCCCGACUUUCCGAAUCCAAAAAUUGCUCCCAUGUUUCCUAAUAUCGUAUUACCAGAUACUAUUUGGCUUACUGAUGAUAUAAUAAUCAAAGAUGUUGCUAUCAAGAACAAUAUCCUUAGUGAAGUUAUAGCCACGAUAGAACUUGAAUUUAAAGAUUCAAGUGAUAAUUUUCAAGACAUUACUUUAAAUUAUUAUGAGAAAUUAUUAACCGCUUAUAAAGUAUAUGAUAUGCCAGGAUAUAGAUUUCCAACAGACAGUUCGUCGUUUAAUUCCACUUUUUAUAACCCUAUAGAUGAAGAAGACGAAGAAGAUGAAUAUAAUAUUGAUCCGUAUGAUGAUAAAUUUGAAAAUGGGAAAACAUUAUACCGAACAAAAUCCAACCAGUCAUUAAACUCGAUCCGAGCUUUCGGCAAAAGACUAUCAUCUAGCACUACUAAGAAGAAACGUAACCUGUCAUCCAUCAACCAUCCGGAUGAUUCACCUAACGGAAAACAGGCUGAUAAUCAAUCACCUCAUGGCAAAUCAAGACCGCAACUGACAACUUCCAAAAAAUCACAAGCAACCAAUCGUCCGAAUUCUGAACAGGGUACCUUGAAUUCAAUCCUAUCUAAACUGAGAAUAUACAACCGAAUAAAAAAUAGUCGCCGAGAGUCUCUGCUUUCAAUGACCUCAAAUGGAUCAUCUACUCCAACUCAAAAUAAUGGAAAUGGUCAUGGAAAUAAUAAUGGGUCUGGAGUGGCACCAUCUGGAGCAAGCACCCACUCAUAUUCGAACAAUAACAUGUGUCCUUCAUUACCAAGACCAAAUAGUGCAUAUAGUUCCUAUCUGUAUUCACAGGAAGAAUCUGGUGGUACUAUUGACCAAUCCCCUAGCCAUACUCCGUUAACACAAGAACAAAAGCUUGAGCAUAGAAGAGAAAAACACGAGUAUUAUAUACAUUUGCAGAAAGUGUUGACGCUCUCAGAUAAGAUAUUACAAAGGUUAAUUAGUUCAAAUCUAGUCAAAUUGAUCAAGUUCCUUGAAUUCAUAAAGGGGAAGAUAUUACGAUUUGUUAUAAUUGAUAUUAUGACAAUGAUCAAACGGUAUUGUGAACUAUAUGCUGCCAAUUUUCUUCAGGCCUAUCUCAAUGACGGUAUAGUCCUCUCAGAAAAGGAAUUUACCAUCACUCUUAUUCCACUUCCAUGUCUCCUCAAGAAACUCAUGUCUGGAGAAAUCACAUCUUUAGAAACAGUCAUUGCAUUCAUCAAACAGGCCCUUCUUGUCUCCGAUCAAAACUCAUAUCCCCUUAGACGCACCGAAUCUAUGAAGGUUGAACAGAUUUUAAAAGCUGUGGAGAGAGCUAAUUAUUUAGAUCAUUAUUAUAAUAGAUACGGCCCAAUUGGACCAUUGCAUGGAUUGCCUAUUUCUAAGGAUCAAUUGAAAGCUACUGGUUUGGAACAAGAUGAAGUAGAUCAAAUAGAGACAGUAGAAUUGGGGCAAAUUAUGUUGGAUUUUGUGUUUUAUCCUGACUUGGCACAUUCAAAGAGAAUGAGUUAUAAACGUUGGAAUGUUUCCCGUUUUUAA